AUUUCCCUUCUUCUUAAAACCAAGUUCACGCCAUUCGAUCCCUCCCUCUCAAUCCCUGUUCUAAAUCAGGCAACAACCGUUUUCACCCAUCUCCCAAUACACAAAAGGAAAUAUAAUCAUGUCCGAGAAACUACCCUUCAAAGUUGCUGAUAUCAGCCUGGCCGAAUGGGGCAGGAAGGCCAUCGACAUCGCAGAGAACGAGAUGCCAGGCCUGAUGAAGAUGAGGGAGAAGUACGGCCAGUCCAAGCCCCUGAAGGGCGCCCGCAUCGCAGGCUGCCUCCACAUGACGCUGCAGACCGCCGUGCUCAUCGAGACCCUCACCGACCUGGGGGCGGAGGUCCAGUGGUCAAGCUGCAACAUCUUCUCCACCCAGGACCACGCUGCAUCUGCCAUCGCCAAGACUGGCGUCCCAGUGUAUGCCUGGAAGGGGAUGACAGAUGAGGAGUAUGUGUGGUGUAUUGAGCAGACCAUCUACUUUAAGGAUGGCCAGCCCCUCAACAUGAUUCUCGACGACGGAGGAGACCUCACCAACAUGGUGCACCAGAAGUUCCCCAAACUGCUUGCAGGAAUCCGUGGCUUGUCAGAGGAGACCACCACUGGAGUCCACAACCUGUACAAAAUGCUGAAGAAAGGCGAGCUCAAGAUCCCCGCCAUCAACGUCAAUGACUCCGUCACCAAGAGUAAGUUUGACAACCUGUACGGCUGCAGGGAGUCUCUGAUCGACGGGAUCAAGCGUGCGACGGACGUGAUGAUCGCCGGCAAGGUCGCGGUGGUGGCAGGGUACGGGGACGUGGGCAAAGGCUGCGUCCAGGCCCUCCGAGGCUUCGGCGCUCGCGUCAUCGUCACCGAGGUGGAUCCCAUCAACGCCCUUCAGGCUGCCAUGGAGGGCUACGAGGUGACCACUAUGGAGGAGGCCUGCAUGGAGGGCAACAUAUUUGUCACCACCACUGGCUGUGAGGACAUCAUCGUUGGCAAACACUUUGAGCAGAUGAAGGAUGACUCCAUUGUGUGCAACAUCGGACAUUUUGACUGCGAGAUUGAAAUGAGCUGGCUCAACGCUAACGCUGCAGAGAAGAUCAACAUCAAGCCACAGGUGGAUCGUUACCGUAUGAAGAGCGGUCGGCACAUCAUUGUGCUGGCGGAGGGCCGUCUGGUGAACCUGGGCUGUGCCAUGGGUCAUCCCAGCUUCGUCAUGAGCAACUCCUUCACCAACCAGGUCCUGGCCCAGAUCGAGCUGUGGAAGAACACCAGCAAGUACCCCCUGGGGGUCUACUUCCUGCCCAAGAAGCUGGAUGAGGAGGUGGCCGCUGCCCACCUGGACAAACUGGGAGUGAAGCUCACCAAGCUGUCAGACAAGCAGGCCAAGUACCUGGGUCUUCCCCGCGAGGGCCCCUUCAAGCCCGACCACUACCGCUACUGAGCCCCCUCGCUUGGGACUUGGGGGUAGAAUUUGAGGUUGUGGGGGGGGGGGGGGGGGGGGGGGUGGUGGUGUGUCGGGGUGAAGGAGGUGAGGCAGGGUGUGGGUAUGUGGAAGUCCUGUUCCAGGACCCAAGAGUAGAACAUUGCUGCGGAGGCUCUGCUGUAGCCUGUUCUCCCUCACACUGUCUGUCCUACACAUGCACACCUGUCAACACCUACACGCUUCACUUGCUGCCAGACCAUUACCUCUGCUCUCUCUGGCCUGCCUACGACGACAACAACAACAUGGAUGACAUGGCUUCUAAAGACACCAUUCUUGUUAUAAAUUGCAUUCCCUGUUUUGAUUCUGUUACUAGAAGGCCUGCUGAGUAAAGGAGAGCCAUAAAAAACAAAACAUCACCAGCUUGCCUGGACAUCCCAGCCCCCACCCCACUUUCUAGUGGUCACAGGUGCAUUGUACAUGUGGCUAGCUGUCUUAAUCACCUCCUUCGAGCUUGUAUGUCUUCAAGAAACUGUGUCUAUCGCUCGCUGUCUCUGUCCCUCCCUCCCACCACUUCCGUUCUUCUCAGCCUGAAAUUUUGGCUGAAAUGGGGAAAAAAAAAAAAACAUGUCUACAAAACAUUUGGCAUUCGUUUCAUUACCUCGAGCCUCGUUUUUUUUUUUUUUUAUGGUUGUUAAUCUGAUUGGUUGUCUUGUGUGAAGGGAGGGAGGGGAUCCAGCUGAAACGGUUGCAGACUUGUUCGUCCCCAUGUGUCAUCUCUGCUGUCCCCCCAUACGGAGUGUGAUGCAAUAAAGAACGGGUUGAACUUGUA